CGGGGAUCUCUGGCCGCAGUUUGGAUCUUACUUUCUUUCUUUGUACAUAGCCGAUUUCGUAUUCGGGACAGUUUUUUUUUCACUGGAAGUGACAUUUAACGGUUAGCUAAUACGGGCGAAAAGUGCGUGAUCUCGAAAAUUACAAAAUCUCGACCAUGAAGUUUCUGAUUUUCUCGAUACUGAUAGCCUCCGCCUACGCUUACCCACAGCACAAUAAUGACUACGAUCAACGCCAGCAACACAUCGAGAAACGGAUUGCACAGCAUGAAACCACCACUUGGAUUCCGAUCCUGAAGUACAAUAAAGAACAAGGAGAAGAUGGAAGCUACAAAACCGAAUAUCAAACCGGCAACAAUAUCGUACACGAGGAAUCCGGUUACCUGAAAGAUUUCUCCGAUGCACAUCCCAAUGGGGUCCUGGUGCAGCAGGGUGCCUACUCGUACGAAGCCCCCGAUGGUCAAAUCAUUCACGUUCAGUACACGGCUGACGAGCGGGGCUUCCGAGUAACCGGAGAUCAUCUGCCGACCGAACCGCCAGUACCGGAAGGUAUCCGCAAAGGGCUGGAGGAAAUUUACGCCGGUAUCAAGCGCCGGGAGCAGGAGAACAAGAACAACCCAAAGUAUGCGGAAACGGCGGCCCAGCGCGCCGAGCUGGACUACAACGGACAGUACUAUCAACAGUAGAGGCUGAUGACAACAGGCUAUUGAACCGUUUCAAGCACCGUGCUUGAGUGCAUUUUAUGUAUUUAUUAUAAUAACUUUAAUCAUAAGAAUAUUCUAACUCGAUUGGAAUAUGGAACCAAUGUUUUUUUCCGUUUGUCUCGGGAAACCACCGAGAGCGCACGAAAGGAUUCUGGAAAAAUCGAAGACUGUGAUUUUACUUCACUCUGUUGAAUAUCCAUUUGGCAUCAUAAAGUGAAAAGGAAUGUAA